CGUCAAACUAAAUAUCAAAAUCAAAAAAACUCUGAUAAACAAUUAAACAACAAAUAUGUCGAAUAUUCCACUAGGAAUAACAACUCAUGUUCAAAAAAUAUGUAGUCUCUACAAAAGGACCUUGCGGAAUUUAGAAUCGUUUUAUGAUAGACGCCAUGUUUACCGCUACCAGGCUGUGCUAUGUCGUGAGAAAUUCGAGAAGAUGAUAAACGAAAAGGAUGCACGUAAGGCUGCGGAAAUGUUGAAACAGGGAGAGGAAGAACUGUUUCUAACACAACAUCCCAUACCCAAGAAAUUUGCCAAAAGUCCAGGCGGAGUAGCAUAUGAGCGUGUAGUCACACCUCCUGAUUGGGUACUUGAUUACUGGCAUCCGUUGGAAAAGGCCCAGUAUCCUGAAUACUUUAAGAAACGUGAGCAAAGGAAGAAGGAAUUCAUUGCAAUGUGGGAGAAGGAAUACGGAAAACCUGACCCCAAGGAUACACACCAUUAGAAACUGUAAAAAUGUACAUUAGUAAAG